AUGUAUGACUUCGCGACAAGGACAACUGUUCAGAAAAUCUUCUCUCCUCAAACAACUCCGAAUCCUCUCUUCCCAAACAACUCCGAAUCCUCUCUUCUCAAACAACUCCGAAUCCUCUCUUCUCAAACAACUCCGAAUCCUCUCUUCUCAAACAACUCCGAAUCCACUCUUCCCAAACAACUCCGAAUCCUCUCUUCCCAAACAACUCCAAAUCCUCUCUUCUCAAACAACUCAGAAUCCUCUCUCCUCAAACAACUCCGAAUCCUCUCUCCUCAAACAACUCCAAAUCAUCUCUUCCCAAACAACUCCGAAUCCUCUCUCCUCAAACAACUCCGAAUCCUCUCUUCCCAAACAACUCCGAACCCUCUCUCCUCAAACAACUGCGAAUCCUCUCUUCUCAAACAACUCCAAAUCCUCUCUCCCCAAACAACUCCAAAUCCUCUCUCCGCAAACAACUCCGAAUCCUCUCUCUUCAAACAACUCCGAAUCCUCUCUCUUCAAACAACUCCGAAUCCUCUCUUCUCAAACAACUCCGAAUCCUCUCUCCUCAAACAACUGCGAAUCCUCUCUUCUCAAACAACUCCAAAUCCUCUCUCCUCAAACAACUCCGAAUCAUCUCUCCUCAAACAACUCCGAAUCCUCUCUCCUCAAACAACUCCGAAUCCUCUCUUCUCAAACAACUCCAAAUCCUCUCUCCUCAAACAACUCCGAAUCUUCUCUCCUCAAACAACUCCGAACCCUCUCUCCUCAAACAACUCCGCUGCAAGGUUUAGGUCAAACAUUUGGUAA